AUGAAUGAGCAUAAUCGGAGGUUAUUUGAUGAAGUCGACCUUGGCAUCGACAGUCGAACGCCGGAGAUGAAGAACAGCGCCGUCUCAGCAAUGCAAGACGUGUUAAAUGUUAUCAACUCCUUUGUGGCUGAGAGCUCCGGAGAGAAAGUGUCAGUGAUGUCACCACGGCUUUUUUCGUUAUUUCCGGAGACGUCACACUCCUCCGGACGUCGCCUUCUCUCGCCAACCAUCUUCAGCUUCCAGAAAGACGGAUAUUUUUCGUUGCCUGAACUAUUUGAUGAGCUGCUCGUCAAAAUAAAGCCUGAAAUCGAUGAGACAAAGAAUGUCAAACUACCCGUAGUCGAAGAGCUCCAACGAAAGAACACCAGAUGGAUGAGAGCUCGAGCCAUGUUUGACGAUGAACAACGAAUGGAUUAUGAGCGGAAUGGGUACGCGUUCAUGAAGGAAGAGCAGUUAAGACUAAUCUACGAAGAUCAAGAUCAGCUGCGACACGGAAUCAAUAUCACCGAACUGGGCUCCAUGUCCAAGGAGCAGAAAAUCUCACGACUUGAACGGGAUAUACGAGCGUUGGCCGCUUUGGAUCAACCUAAAUGGCCAUUUUGGGGGCCUGGUAGACUUCACCACCGACGUCGACGGCGACAGGCUGAGGGUGAAGGUGGACCUCAUGAAACUGCGGCCGCUGGUGAGGUUGACUUCAUAACUCUUCACCCGGCCGCGUUCGUAUCCUUGCUCGGUGAGGGUGCAGUACUGGAGGUCCUUACUUUAUCGCCUCGUGCGUUUCUCAGCGAGAUCCUGUUUCCGGCUGCUUUAGGGGUGGAAACCCUGUCACCGCGAGCUUUCAUAGCAUCGGUUCUCUCGCCGAAUGCUCUGAUUGCACGGAUACUGUCGCCUACAGCUUUUCGUGUUGAAGUACUCUCGCCACGAGCUCUUCAUACAUGGGUGCUUAGCCCUGAAGUUUUUUUGGCUGAAAUAUUGUCGCCGAGAUUUCUUGAUCCACGUGUACUGUCGCCUCAAGCUCUUGUCUUCGAAGUCCUGAGCCCUGGUAUACUUUCGCCACAUUUUCAAUCGUCUGAGUCUGCAUCUCUCAUAAUUCUUAGUCCAAAUAUCUUGUCUCCUCGUAUUCUGAGUGAAGAGAAGAUGAUCGUUGAAGUGAGUUCAUUUUACUAA